AUGGAUUCAACUCCCAAGGUUGCAACUGAUCGUUAUAGUCAACUAAAAGCUUUUGAGGAGACGAAGACCGGUGUGAAAGGCCUUGUCGAUGCUGGAAUUGCAGAGGUUCCGGCAAUAUUCCGUGAACAUCCAGCUAAUCUGAAAAGCCCCGAACCACUUACUUCGGAAUCAUCUCAGUUCACGAUCCCAACAAUCGAUCUCAAAGGAGGGGUCACGGACUCUAUCACGCGGCGGAACUUGGCGGAGAAGAUCGGAGACGCGGCGGUGAAAUGGGAUUUUUUUCAGGUGACCAAUCACGGGAUCCCUCUUGAUACGCUCGAGAGGAUGAAAGACGGGAUUCGUGGGUUUCACGAGCAAGACACAGAAGUGAAGAAAAGGUUUUACUCUCGAGAUCCAAGUAGCAAGAUUGUAUACAGUAGCAAUUUCAAUCUGUUUAGAUCACCGGCGGCAAACUGGAGAGAUACACUUGGUUGCCGUACGGCCCCAGAUCCUCCAAGACCGGAGGACUUGCCCAUCGCUUGCGGGUAA